UGAGUGCACGGACACAGAGAGCGAGAGAGAGAAAAGACAACGCCUGCUUAAAGUCAUAGACUACAUGUUGGAUCCAGUCAUGAACACAUGCAGCUAACAAGCUUCUGGCUCAACUGAUUUCUGAGUGACAGUUGUCCAUCGAAGAACUGAGAGGGCAGAAUGUCCCGACGGGACCAGAGGUUUCGGAGAGGAAUGAAGGGACGGUGUUGUGAAUGUGGCUGUAUCCUGUCUCAUUGGUACUACGAAAGAGAAGGACAGCUCUACUGUAAGAAGCACUACUGGGCCCGUUACGGAGAGCACUGCCACGGCUGCAAGGAGACCAUCACAACAGGACUAAUUAUGGUUGCUGGAGAGCAGAAGUACCACCCUGAAUGCUUCACCUGCAUGAACUGUGAAAUGUUCAUUGGAGACGGAGACACAUAUACGCUCGUCGAACGCUCCAAACUCUACUGUGGCCAUUGUUUCUGUCAAGGUGUAGUAUCAACUGUGAGGUCAGCCUCUCCUCUCACCAAGAGUCCACACAUGGUGGCACUGGUGUCUUUCCCUCCCCGUGCAGGUGGCCAACGAGGCCUGACUGUAGCCACUGACCUCAGCCAAGAGAAAGGCCUGCUUGUCACUGUCACAGGGUUAGACUCAGCUGUCCUCAGCCGUGACCUGCUUCCCUCUGUACACACUGGUGACCGAGUACUGGAGGUCAAUGGCAUUCCUGUCCGCAACAUUUCCCCAGAUGAGAUAAACCGUGUGAUCCAGGACACAAACAGACCACUGCAGCUGACCAUUGAACACAACCCACAGUCUCCUGACGAUCUCCCUCGCUUAAACAAUUCCCAGGACAACAUGACAUGUCCUGACCCUUGCGUACGUGAGAAACUUGCUACAACCCACAAACUCCCAAGUCUGGAGGAAGAGCCAAGUCCAGGGGAGGAGACAGAUGAACCAAUCAGGAUAAGCCUCUCGCCGCCUCAGCACCAAGGAACAAUGGGAAUGCGAUCCAGACACAUUCUGCGCAGCAGUAGUAUAGAUAAGUGUCCUCUGUCCCCUGGGGCACUGUCACUUUUAUCUCAAAGAAGAGACAUGGUUCGCUCAGAGUCUCUUCGUGUGGACUCUGGAGAUCGAACCCAUCGCAUCUUUAGACCUUCAGACCUCAUCCAUGGAGAAGUGCUCGGAAAGGGCUUUUUUGGACAGGCUGUCAAGGUAACACAUCAGGAGACAGGGGAGGUGAUGGUGAUGAAAGAGUUGAUACGGUUUGACGAAGAGACACAGAAGACUUUCUUAAAGGAGGUGAAGGUCAUGCGCUGUCUGGACCAUCCUAAUGUUUUAAAGUUUAUUGGACUGUUUUAUAAAGACAAACGAAUAAACUUCGUCUCUGAAUACAUCCAGGGAGGAACUCUUAGAGAGACCAUCACAAAAAUGGACAAAGAUUUUCCCUGGAAUAUAAGAGUUGGUUAUGCCAAAGACAUUGCAGCUGGAAUGGCGUAUCUACACUCCAUGAAUGUUAUCCACCGAGAUCUAAACUCCCACAACUGCCUGGUCAGAGAGAACCAGUCUGUAGUGGUAGCAGAUUUUGGACUAGCCAGGCUGGUGAUGGAGGAGAGGAAUCAUGGCAGAACAUCCUCUCUGGAACAACCUGCCAAGGGGACGCUACCAGAGCUCCGCAAGCCUGACCGGAGAAAACGGUACACGGUGGUAGGAAACCCUUACUGGAUGGCCCCUGAGAUGAUCCAUGGGAAAAGCUAUGAUGAACGGGUGGACAUCUUUUCGUUUGGUAUCAUGAUAUGCGAGAUAAUUGGCAGAGUGAGCGCCGACCCUGACUACCUUCCUCGGGCAAAUGACUUUGGGCUAAACGUAGGCAGUUUCCUGCAGCAGUACCACCCUCCACAGUGCCCCUCAGCUUUCCUUCCACUGGCUGUCCUCUGCUGUGACAUGGACGCUGAUAAACGUCCGUCCUUUUCAAAGUUGGAGGAGUGGCUGGAGAACCUGCUGAUGCACUUGGACAUCGGUCUGCCUCUGCUCUCUGAGCUGGAGCAGCUCCGCAGAGCCUUCUGGCAGACUCACAACCAGCAAAACCAUUUUCACAACCAGGACAGGACCGUUGAUUCUCAUGAACAAACCCACUGUUCACCGCCACAAAGACAGAGCCCAGAACCCAUGCAACAUUCAGACAAAACCAAUACACACACAGAGCCAAAUCACCUCAGUCAGAGCCAAGACCAAAAUACCAAACCUGUCAGUCAUUCAGAUGGACAGCAAUACACACGUGACAACCAUAACGAGAGGACCGAGCAGCACCACCUGACCGAAGAUUGUAAUAACCACUCACGAGACAAGAGCCAGACGUGUUGCAGAUCUGCAAGCACAGACUCAGGCACGAAUGGGUCUGAAACUUAUGAGCACAAUAACCCCUCAGGAAAACCAGAAACCCAGCACGAGCCCUCACAACUGCUGCAGGUCAACAACUCACUUCUAGGCAGAUCCAACAGACCCAGAAGGAUCUGCAGAGUGCUGUGGGACAGAACUACAGAGGAGAGUUCUUUUCUCUGACUGCUUAAUGUAAUGGCAGAGACAGGACACAUCUACGAAGCCCACAUUUGAGGGAUAAAAACACUAGAUGAAGACAUGUGUGCCUUUUCAAACAACUGGGAGAGAACUGAACAAAAAAGCUGUAUAGGGAGGACUAAUGCAUGAGGAUAAAACCAAUCAAUACAGAUUGAUAUGGGAUAUUUUGCAUGAAAAACAUGGAAAAGAUUUAUAUGCAGCUGGAUAACAAUUGCCUUACACAUUACAUUUGCCUCAUAUUGCUCUGUGAAACAGCAUUCAUGUGGUUUCAACUAGAGCCUGACCGAUACUGGAUUUAGUUGACACCUAUUCCAUACUUCAUUUCUUAAAUUCCACAAUCUGUCAGUGCUCUCUGGUGGGCAGACUACGUAAAAGUGACAGUGUCUCCAAAUUACCUCAAACGUAUCUUUGACAUUUCUGUACUACAAUUUCUCUUUGCUUAUCAGCUAACAUCUAUGAUGACAUUAAUAUGUCUGUAAUAAGAUAACAUUGGCUAGUUAGUUUACCGGUUGGGCUCCAGUAUCAACUUUGUGCAGAAGCUGUGAAACACAUGGCACUUUAUACUUUAAUCUAUAUCACAUGGGUCAAUUAUUUAUCAGAGUACCUCAUGCAUAUUCUGUAGAAAAUUUUCAGACACAGUCACACACAACACACUGAACUGUGCACAUUUGAAACUACAACUGCAUUAUGAACUAAUAGCUGAACUAAUAAAGAGAAAUACAAAUUCAUGUGACAAAUUUGAAAUCACUAUUAACAUUUUAUGUCUCACUAUUUAAUGUACCUCCUACCUGAUACAUUGCUUUUCUAAGGCAGUUCUCUGUAAUUUAACACAGAUGGUGGCCAACAAUUUAUUAUUUUUGAACUGACCUGAUAUUUUUGGUAUUCUGAUACUUCACUUAUGCUUAGAGUAACGUUACAUCAUUAAACUUAAAGAAAUACUUACAAAAACCUAGCCUAUAUAUAAACCAGGUAUCACACUCACCUCGUGCAGGCUUGACAGGUGGCUCUGAAAAAGUCACAAGGAAUUAAAUGGUGUUUUUGCAAGGAACAUAGCUGUAGUCAACUUUGGCUAGCAAUUUGCCUCUCGUGUAACUAGCUACUAUUAAUAAUGUCACAUCCAAAUCACACAGCUAACGCUAAUAUUAGCCAAGCCUCCCUG